AUGUCAUCCAUACGACCAGAACUAAAAUCAGUGGAAUUUUACCCUCCAGAUAUAAAUAGCAAAGGUAGUAUUUUAAAAAACAAACCUAUGGAAUCUCUAAACAAUAUGAGAGAUGUUGAAAGUAUAAAAAAAAUAAGUUACAUAAGCACCGGCGGAAAUAAUAACCAACUAUAUGAAAAUGGAAUGUUUUUUGAUGAAAGAAAAAGAGAAUAUAUGCCUAAUAAUGAAAACAUUUCUGCCAUAUAUGAAAAUAAUAAUAUGGAAAAUAAUGUAAAUAUGAAUGUAAACGUUAAUGUUAAUGGUAGUAGUGUGUUUAGGCCCGUUGACCUGGUACAUACCAUACAAGAGAAAAAAAGUUCUUACGGAAAUAAUAUGUUCGACUAUAAUAAUAUGAUGGAUUAUAACAUGAACAAUAACAUGAACAAUAACAUGAUCGAACAUAACAUGAACAAUAACAUGAUAGAAUAUAACAUGAACAAUAACAUGAUCGAACAUAACAUGAACAAUAACAUGAUCGAAUAUAACAUGAACAAUAACAUGAUGGAAUAUAACAUGAACAAUAACAUGAUCGAAUAUAACAUGAACAACAACAUGAUGGAAUAUAAUAUGAACAAUAACAUGAUGGAAUAUAACAUGAACAAUAACAUGAUUAAUAAUGAUAGACAUUUUUCUGAGAUGAACACAGAUAAAAAUAUCUAUCCUGUAAAUAGCGUGGUUAACGAUGAAGGGAGUUAUGGUUAUGUAGAUCCAUUGGAAAAUUUGUUUAAUACAAAUAAAUUUAAAAUAAAAAAAAUAAAAGACACUAGCAGCAUUAGUAAUGAUUAUAACAAUAAAAAGAACUUAACUAACAUUUUGCCUUUUGAGAAGAUUGUAGAACAGUGUGAUAUUAAUAAUGUGAUAUCAAACAAAUUCGUUCAAGAUUUAUAUAAUCAUCAAAAUGUAUAUGAUGAAAAUAAUGUGGUUAUGAAAGGAUUUAAAAAAGGAGAAUAUAUGGAUGGUAUAUCAUCAGUUCCUUUUUUAAGUGAUGGGAAAAGUAUAGUAUAUAAUAAAAUGAAAGAAAAUGAUGAGCAUCUUGAGGAUCAUAAUUAUCAUCUUCAGGAUAAAGCUUAUAUGGCAUCAAGGAAUUCUAGUGUUAAGAGAAGUUCAGUGAAAUCGAAUAAAUUUGACCUAGGUAAUAAACAGAAGAGUGAUGAUAACGAAAAUAAUAUGGUUGGUAAAGAUAUUGAUAACCACCAAUAUAACGAACAUUUCAACAUGAAUAAUAAUAAUAGUAAGAACAAUAUUGAUGGUAUUCGUAAUAUGAGCCAUUCCAAGGGUGUGAUCCCCUCAGACAUGACAACAAAUAAUAUUCCCAUGCAAGAUAUUAGAAAUAGUUACUAUGAGAGUAAAAAGAUAAAUGAUAAUGUAAAUCAUGUAAAUCAUGUAAAUCAUGUGAAUGAUGUGAAUGAUGAUGAUCAAAAUGUAGUGGAAAAUAAUGAAGGAGAUAAAGAUAAUAAUUUAUUUGAGGUAUAUGAUUAUAAUAAAAAUAAAAAAGUUGUAUAUUAUUCUGUUAAAAAUCAUUAUGAUCCUUAUAAAGAAAUGUGUAAAAAAGAAAAAGAGAGUUAUUCAAUAUAUGAUAAUAAAAUAUAUGAAAAUGAUAUAUAUGAUUAUUUAUUACAUCAAUAUGAACAAAAUUAUGAAAAUAUGUUUGAUCAACGUAAUUCUAAUAAUAGUAAUUUAAUAAACGAUAGAAAGGAUAUUUUUUAUAAUCGUAUGAAUUUAAUGUAUGGAGACAAUCAUUUGGGAGAUUAUAACUACAAAAAGGAUAUGGUCAGAAAUUCUUACAAUAAUAAUAAUAAUAAUAAUAAUAAUAAUAAUAACAUUGAUGUUAAUAGAUAUAAUAGUAAGGAUGGUACGAGAUGUAGAGCAGGGACCCUUAAUCAAAAUGGUAUUCAUACAAAUAAGGAAAAUGAAUAUAAUAAUAUACCAAGAUAUACAAAUUAUAAAAGAGAAACAGAAUUAUAUGAUAAAAUUUUAUACGAUUAUAAAUUAAAUCAACAUAAAUAUCCAUCUUAUUUUCAAAAAAAUAUAAAUGAUAAAACUUGUGAUAAUGUGAAUGAUAAAAAUAGGAAUAGCAACAUAUCAAAUUUAUAUAAGAGGAACACAAAAAUUUGUAAUUUGUAUAAUGAUGAUUUAUUAGAUAUAUAUAAAUAUUCUACUGAUAUAUAUACACCUAAACCAAAGUUAUUUGUAUAUACUUCCAAAGAUAAUUUAAACACAAGAAAUCAAAUUCAUAAGAAUGAUAUAAAAACAGGAAAACAAAACGAUACAAAUAACAUGUAUGAUAAAGAAAACUUAAACAAUGAUCUUUUAACUAAUAAAUAUACUUUAAAAAUUAAUAAAGAAUUUAAAAAGAUAUUUAAAAAAUUGAAAUAUAAAAAUACUGUAGUUAUUAGUAAUAUAGGGAAAAAAUGUGGCUCUUCUACCUUUUCAAAUUAUAUUAUUAAUGAUAAUGAAAUUAAUAAAUUUACAAAUGAAAUCAGUACAGAAGAAAAUUGUAUAUAUGCAUAUAUUACAAGAAAUCAAAAUAAAAUUAAUUAUCUUUAUUUAGAUUAUGAAAAAAUUACUUCCCAACAAGGUCUAUAUUCUAAUGAAAAGCAAGGCUUACAAAAUAAUAUAAAUAAAUUUAUAACGCUUUCCUUCUAUUUUUCGAAUAUAGUAAUUUUACAUAUAAGUAAACAAAAUUGCUUAGAUAUGUUUUAUGUCUUGGCUUCUUAUUAUGAUAUAAUAAAAAACAUUAGAGAAAAUCUGAGAAAGAGAAGAAAGAAAUAUGAGCAGCUGCAAAGUGGUAAACACGAAGCUGAUCAAUUUGAUUUGAAGAAUAUGAAAAAUGUACUUUCUCCUAAGGACAAUCACAAGAGUAUAAGUAAUCACACGAGUAAAGAUAAUCACAAGAGUAAAGAUAAUCACAAGAGUAAAGAUAAUCACAAGAGUAAAGAUAACCACAAGAGUAAAGAUAAUCACAAGAGUAAAGAUAAUCACAAGAGUAAAGAUAAUCACAAGAGUAAAGAUAAUCACAAGAGUAUAAAUAAUCACAAGAGUAUAAAUAAUCACAAAAGUAACGAUAAUCACGAUAGUGAUAAAAAUGAGGAAGACAUAGAAAAUGAUGAGGAAACAUUAGAUAUAAUUGACGGCGAAACAAAUACAAAUUUGUCAUCAGAUGUAAGUGAAGACGAUUCCUCUAAUACAGAUAGCGAAGACUCUGAUAAAGACAAUUUUGAUGAGAAUAAUUUUUCUUUACCAUAUUUUAUAUUUGUAUUAAGAGAUGUAAAUAAGGAAGAGUUUUCCAAAAUGAACUUACAAAAUGAUAGUUUGUUUAAUGAGGAAGAUUCGAAUAUGAAUGGAAAUAUGAAUGGAAAUAUGAAUGGAAAUGUUAAUGGAAAUGUUAGUGGAAAUAUGAAUGGAAAUAUGAAUGGAAAUGUUAAUGGACAUGUUAAUGGAAAUGUUAAUGGAAAUGUUAAUGGAAAUGUUAAUGGAAAUGUUAAUGGAAAUGUUAAUGGACAUGUUAAUGGAAAUGUUAAUGGAAAUAUUAAUGAGAAUAUGAAUAAUCUUUUUAAUGACUGUAUGUAUUAUAAUCAACAUUAUAACAACAAACAUGAAAAUAAUGUUAAUGGUAAUAAUAAUAAUAUUAAUAGUAACAAUAAUAAUAAUAAUGGUAACAAUUUUCAUUAUAGUUAUGGUAAUUAUUCAUAUGAUUCCUUAGCUAGACAAUAUUUAGAUUCACUCAUAAACAUGAUAAAUGACGAUGUAACACAGAAAAAGGUUCAAUGUAUGUUAAAAUUAUUAACAAGAAAAAACAUUUUCAUGUUACCAUCAUUAUAUACAAAUGAUAACGAUUAUAUUAUAAAUGAAGAAUAUAUGAAGGAAUUAAGUAAAAUAAAAAAAGAGUUAUAUAUCCAAGGGAAAACAAUAGAUAAUAUGUAUAAAAAUAAUGGUACGUAUAUAUAUAAAUAUAUAAGUAUGUUAUUAUAUACAACUAAUAAUGAUAUUUUUUAUACACCAAAACAAUUACAAAAAAAAAUAGAAAAUUUUGAAUGUAAAAUGUUAUAUAAUGUUCUUAUAGAUAAUUUCUUACUUCAUAUAAGAAAAAAAAUUGAAAAUAAAUUACCCAUGAAACCUAAUAUGUUUUUAACUUUAAUCAAUGAUUUAAAGAUAGAGUUUAUUUUAACUUUUGAAAAAUUUGCUAUUGGAAAUAUAAGAAUUAAAAAAAAAUAUAAAAACCAAUUAUAUUCUGAUAUGGAUGUUAUAAUAUUAAAAGCUUAUAAAGAAAAUAUAGCAUUCAGUUGUUUUAGUUUUUAUAAUAUUAUUGAUCAAAGAAUAAAUACUCUACAAAUUUAUGAGAAGAUUAAUAAUUUUAAGUAUGAAAACUUUAGUCAGCUACAAAUCGAUCUAGAUCUUAUUAACGACGGGAAGGUGGAUAAUCUUAUAUAUAAUGAAAUCUUAGGUAUAAAAAAGGAGGAAAUAUUUACACACUUCAUCAAUGUUUAUCAUGAUAAUCAAAAAGAUACAAGUGAUGUGUUGUGUAAUACGGACUUAGCGGAUAACAAGCAAAAAAAAUCGUAUGCUCUAUCAAAAGAAAAAAAAAGCCUAACGCAUGCAAAUAGUAGAACACAUGAAAAUAAUGAUAAUAAUAAAUAUAAUAAUAACAAUAGUAAUAAUAAUGAUACAUCUGAUACAUUAAGCGACACGGAUAAUAAUAAAAAGUAUGAAUACCAAAAAAGUAAAAAAAUCUCGUCGACAUAUUUAGGAAUAGACAAAAACAACAACAAUAAUAAUAAUAAUCAUAAUAAUAAUAACAAUAAUAAUAACAAUAAUAAUAAUAAUUAUUAUAAUAAUCUUAAUAAUUAUGGUAAUCCAUUGUUAUAUGGAAACAGUAUGAAAAAAAGCAAAAAUAAAUACGAAGGGAAAUUUGUAAAAUAUGAAGAUACCAUAAAUCAAGAUAAAGAUAAUGAUGAUAUUUCUUUUAAAGAGUUCGAACAAAAUAAUGAGAAGAAAAGUUCGAAAAUAAAUACAUAUAAUAAUAAUUCUUAUAGAAGAAAAAGUACAAAUGAAAUGUAUGUCAAUGCUGAUGAUUCUUAUUUUUAUCAAACCAAAACAAAAUUACCAAGUAAGAGUAAUAAUAAUAAUAAUAAUAAUAUCAACAGAUCAAUCAGCUCAUCCAAAAAACCAUAUCAAAAAUUUAAAUCUGAUCUAGGUUUAAUAUAUGCAAGGAAAAAAAAAGUACACAAAUAUAAUCAUGUACCCAAAAAAUAUUAUAGUGUAGAUUAUUCUAACGAAAAUAAUGAAUAUAUACAUAAAAAUUCGGUACUAUAUGAAAAUGUGAAUAGUUCAGAAUUAUUCCCAGAAGAAGGUGUAGAUAUAUACACAGAUGAUGAUAAUGUAGAAGAUGAAUACAAUCAAGAAGUAAAUUACAACGCCCUACAACAAAAUAAUAAAUAUCUAUCAUCAAAUAGUAGAUUAAAUAGUAAAAAUGAUAAAUUAGGAAAUCAUUCCAAAUCUAAUAUUUCUAGAAACAUAAGUAAUUCUGCUAUGGAAAUGGUAAAUUUGAAAGAAAACGAUGAUGAUGAUGAAGAAGAAGUAGAAAAUGAAGAUGAUGAUGAUAAUAAUAAAAUUGCGUUUAUUAAAAAAAAAGUCUCUAGUAAUUUAUCUAAUAUAAAAGAUAAAUUAACCUUUCAUGAAAAAAAUUAUUCCGAAAGUAAAAAAUCGAGUCAAACCACCUCAAGGAAGAAAACAAGGAUGAGUUGUCUACCAAAAAAAAAAAGUUCAAAAUGA